CGCGGGUCGCGCGGCUCCUCCCCACUAGCUGGGCGGGCUCAGGCGCAUCCGGCCCGGCCUCUCCUCUCUGCUGGUGCCGGGGGCUCACGCACGGAGGCGGUGGCUGCAGCUGCUCCUGGCCCCGCAGAAACCCGCCGCCGCCUGCCCCAGUUGCCGGCGGUGUCCGCCCGAGGGGCUGCGGCAGGGAGGGGCCGAGCGGCCGGGGCCUGCGUGGCUGAGCGGCGGGGCCGGGCGGAGAGAUGAACACGGUGUUGUCCCGGGCCAACUCGCUCUUCGCCUUCUCCCUGAGCGUCAUGGCGGCGCUGACCUUCGGCUGCUUCAUCACCACCGCCUUCAAGGAGCGCAGCGUCCCCGUCCGCAUCGCCGUCUCCCGGGUCAUGCUAAAAAAUGUGGAAGACUUCACUGGGCCUAGAGAAAGAAGUGAUCUAGGAUUUGUUACAUUUGAUGUUACUGCAGAUCUGCAAACUAUAUUUGAUUGGAAUGUUAAACAGUUAUUUCUGUAUUUAUCUGCAGAAUAUUCAACAAAAAACAAUGCCCUGAACCAGGUUGUCCUUUGGGACAAGAUCAUUUUGAGAGGAGAUAGUCCAAAGCUGUUACUAAAAGACAUGAAAUCAAAAUACUUUUUCUUUGAUGAUGGAAAUGGUCUCAAGGGAAACAGAAACGUCACUUUGACUCUCUCCUGGAACGUUGUACCAAAUGCUGGCAUUCUACCUCUUGUGGCAGGAUCAGGACAUGUAUCUGUUCCAUUCCCAGAUACUUAUGAAACAGCAAAAAGUUAUUAAAUUAUUAUACUGAAUCCUAAGCAACGUAUUUUUAUACUUGUAUAUUAUGAAUAAAUUUUAUCACUUUCUCCUUCUAUCCCCUGCAGCUCUCCAGUCAAAGGUACUUGAUUUCUUUGGCUCUAACUGAGCAGGAAAAAAAAGCUGAAAUUUAGACUUUUUUUUUAAAUUUUAAAUAAAACACUGAUGCUGAAACUUACGGGAAAGGUAAACGGAUGGUUUAAAAUUUUUGAAAAACUAACUUUUUUUUGUUGACCAUGUGGGUAGAAAAAUAUGUUUCUUAUAAAUAAACAUUUAAACCCAGAACAUAGUCUGAUUAUUUUAAAAUUUAUUAUAAAAGUUCUUUAUGUAAUCCCUCUGAAGCGCGAUGCACAAAUUUCAGUGUUGUAGCCAAAAAUGUAGUACUUGCAGGUUCAUAGGCACUGUGGCUAUUGUAUUGUAUUGUUCAGCUGAAUGCUGAAUUAGGGUAGAUUGUUUCUUUCUAGUAGCAUAAAAAGCCACUCUGUAGAAAUUGUUGUUCUUCAUUUUCCAUGAGCCAUCAAUCCGGAGUAUUUUAGUACUAUUCGAGCUCAAAUUUGAUGUUGGUUGAACAGAAAUCCUUAUUUGAAAGAUUUAUGUAAUAUUCAUUGAUUUAACAAGAGUGUGCCAUUGAUUUAACAAGAGUAUGUGUUUUGUGUUUAAAAAAAAACACACAAAUCUUUUAAGAGCUGUUUACAACAUAGAUACCAGUAGAAAUCAUAAGUAGGAUAAAACAGUGGAAAAAUACCUCUAGCAUAUAAAUUGGAAUUAUUUUUGCUUAUUUGAAAAAGCUUAAUAUUAACCAAGUGUGCAUUUUUUUCACACUUGUACAAAUAAAUAAUUUUGGAUUAAUUAAAGUCAGAAGAUCAUUUUAAAGCAUUUAGGAUGUGUUGUGCAGUAUACAAAAUAAAAAUGUGUUUAAAAAAAAGAUAUACAAAAUAUAUGAUUUUCUUGUAAAAUAUUUGGAAUUCUUGACUUUCAGUAUUAUAGACAAAUAAAAUUAAAAUAUAGUAAAAGUGUGAAAAUAAAAAUUAGACUUUCAUGGGAAUAAAUUAAAAAGAUUGGGACUACUUAGCAAUGAGACAAAUAGGAUGUAGAAUAGUAUACAAAAUGAGUUGUGUACAGAAGGUAAAGGGGCCACUGUCCUUCACUUUUUCACAGUACAAGCACAAGGAGACAUUCAGUGAAAUUGGAAGGCUACAAAUUAAAAACCUGAUCAAAGGAAAUAUUAUCUUGUACAAUUCAUAGUAAGUCUGUGAAGUUCAUUAUCCCAAGAGCUGAGGUCAACAGCUUAGCAGAAUUUUUAAAAGGAUUAAACAUUUAUAUAGAUAUAAAAUCAUAGUCAAUUUUACUAGAUAAGAUAAUAUAAAACUGCAUGGGAUACUUGGGUUCAGCAAGGAAUAUCAUUUUUUGGGCAGAUUAUUCCAUAAUUGUCCACUAUGAAAUAUAUUUCUCCUUCCCCCUAAAGUAUCUGAUAGCAGUAAUUAUCAGAGACAGGAUAGUAGAUUGGCCAUUGAUCAGAUCCUUUAUGACAAACCUAUGUUGUAAGUGAGUUGACUCCAACUU